CGGUUUGAUGACGGCGGAGAGGACGGCUUUUGUUGUGGUGGUUAAUGUCGUCCUCUUCCGCUGCAGAUGGCGAGCAAUAAAGCGAACUUCAAGGCGACUGUUCGUGCACGGCGCAAGCUGUUGGCGCUUCCGACGACUGGGCAGUGCUUGGAUGUGGCUGCCAUUUCCGGCGCGGUGCUGGUGGUCUGCUACGCGAUGGGGUGCGGGGGGUUUCCAAGGGCGACUCCGCGGUGGUGGGUGAAGCAGCGAACGGGCGGCACGUGGGAGGAUUUGCGGCAAUGUGAUGACGCAACGGAUGAUUACUUCAAGGAGAAGCUUCGAAUGUCGCCUCGUGUUUUCCGCGAGAUCGCGGAGACUCUUUCCCCGCUCCUUCAACGCAGUGUGACAUUCUACAGGGUGCCUUUGCAGCCAGACCACAUAAUUGCCUAUGCAUUGUACAGGUGGGCCACUGGGAGACGUAUGACAGUGGGACGUGUAGCUUCUGCAUCGGGAGGGCUUCCGACAUCACGACCGUGCGUGACGUAACGGCGGCGUUGCUGACUGCUUACCCCGACAAGAUAUCAUGGCCCACAGGUUUGCAAAAGGCGGUCGUGUUGCGCGCCUUCGCUG